CCCAAAAAACCGACCUGGAGCCAAAGCAAACGCGCAAAAGGCAACCAACAACCCUGUGAUCCACACUCGCUAAGCGUACACCAUGAGCCGCGACAGGGGGAGAGGCGGGUACGGCAGGGACGACAGCCGCGGCCGUGACCGCGGCGGCGACCGCGGGAGAGACUCCGGGCCGGGAAAGGUCUCCCUGCUCGUCCGCAACCUGACCUUCCGCACUCGAGUGGACGACGUGAAGCGUAUCUUCACCGACUUCGGGGACGUGCGCGACGUCUACCUUCCCCUCGACUUCGGCACACAGAAGCCUCGCGGCUUCGCUUUCGUGGAGUUCUACGACCCCGGAGACGCCGCCCACGCGAGAGACCGCCUCGAUGGCUACAACCUGGACGGUCGCAACAUCUCCGUCCUCUAUGCCCAGGAGAAGCGCAAGAGGCCCGACGAGAUGGUCCACAAGGAAAGGGUCGAGGGCCGCGGGGACUACGGCAGGGGGCGCUCCAGAUCGCGCUCGCGCGGGUACAGCGGCUACGCGGCCCGCCGCUCCAGGUCCCCCCCCCGACGUCGCUCCAGGUCUUACUCGAGGUCUCCUCCCCGCAGGCGGGACAGGAGCUACUCCAGGGGCCGCGAGCGCCGCCGGUCGAGGUCCCGCUCCCGGAGCCGGUCCCGCAGCUACAGCCGCGGAGGCGACAGAAGCAGGGGACGGGACUCGCGCAGCCCCUCCCCCCGCCGCGAGCGGUCCCCCUCCCCGAGAGACCGCCGGAGGUACAGCGACGAGGAAGAGGAGGAUAACAAGAACAAAGCCGACACUGGCAAGGGCGGCGGCGGCGGCGACGAUGAGGAGGAAGGCGGUGGCGAGGAGGGUGGUCACGGCCGUGGUGAAGAUGAUGACGGCGACCAGGCUUAAGUUGUCGGGCGACGGCGGCGUGCUGUGUAGCUGUGAAGCUACAGGCCACUGGUGAUAGGUAGCCAGUUGCGCAGCCGUGUGGUUGGUGGAAGCGUGCGCAGCAGAAGCUCGCGCUUCGAGGUGCUGCUGCUCAUUGAAGCAGGGCUCUGUACUGGUAGUCAUGGCAGAAAAAGGGAAAGGGAAAGAAAUACAGUAGUGGUAGAGAAGAAACAGGGUCGCAAUUUACGCGAAUAUGUGGGUCGUUUUCUUGUUAUUCUCGAGGUGGGGGAACGGUAUUAAACUACCAAGCGAGAGCGUGAAGGGGACACAUUCCCUGUAGCGAUGUUCAGGCAUCCUGGUGGUCUUUUUAGUGGAUGUUGUCUCGAGUAACGUUAACGUUUGGAGCGGCCAUGUCCCUUGCGUGCGGUGUAGGGACACACACGUGUCGUUGUUGGGCGUGUGCCCAAGUCUCGCACCGUGAACCGGACUUUUGGGGGUAACGAUUGUCAGCGGGCACCGAACCCAGCGCGAGGUGCGGCAGUCACGUCUGUAUGCCGUGGCCAGUAUGUCGUCGCCUUUUGUUGCCGCAAAUCUGUGCGGGUAUGCAGCUCACGGGUGGGUUAGCAUGUGCGUAUCGUUGGCUGGCGUAUCGUAGAUAGUGUGUAGCUGACAACGAAGUGAUGGUCUUUGAAAGCCGGCGUUGUCGGUGAACGAAGCAAUACAAUUGUACAGC